AUGAGCUACUACGAUCCUCCGCCGGACCCUCCCUACUUCGCGUCUGCCGAACCUGAGGCCUCUAUACAACCUUCCACUUCCGCGCAGAACCAGAGCCCAGACGCUCCUACUUCCUCAUCUCUCCGAAAAUGCUCGGUGAAAAACUGCGGAAGAGAGCUGCCGGAAUCACACAAUGGUAAAAUGUGCGACGAGUGUCGCGGGCGUCAUCGUGUGUACGCUUCGACGAAGAGACAGAAGAGGAAGAUGGAGAAGAUGGCUGUGGGCUUGACAGGUCUGGCUGCUGCAGAAGGCGCGGUCUUCACGCCGCCCGAAUCUGGGCAUGGGCGCUCGAUUACACAGAUCGCGCAUCCGACGCCCUCCGGGCCAAUCGCCAGUGCGAGUUCAAGCGCCGCUGAUGGCGGAGAGUCAAGUCAGUCAGAUAUACAGACUCCGGCAGGCUGGCAUGCGCAGAUCGACCCUCGCCUUUUUCAGUCAUCGCCUUCCGGUAUUGGAAACGCUACCUCCUCACCGUCUCCCCAUCACGCCGAUCAUGAGGGAACACCCGACCAUGAUGAGCGGCAGUCGCCACCCCCUGACACGGGCGAGGCCUCGACGUCAAACAGUGCACCGACUCGAUACUGUUCAAUCAAGGGCUGCCGACAGGUUCUUCCUGCCGAGCACUCGUACAAGAUGUGCCAGUCAUGUCGCGACCGCUACCGCGAGUACGGGAAUGUGAAGCGAGAGAAGUGGAGGAAAAAUAAGGAGGCUGCUCUCGCGUCGCUUGAGGAGGCCCGUCUGGCCGAGGAACAGCGCCGAAAGGACGCAGGGUUACCGUCUCUGGCUGAACUACCAGCUCACGAGCGGAAGGUCUGGGAGGAGAAUCUGAUGCCUCGCGUUCCUCCACCUCCACCGGCUGGCACAUCGGCUCUCCCUCCCAUUCGGAUGUGCACAGUGUCUCAUUGUCAUGUCAUCUUGUCCGGGGACUACGAGUAUCGACGUUGCGAACAACAUCGUUAUCAGAACCGACACCAUAGCAAACUGAAACGGGUGCGCGAUAAGGAAGAGAAGGGAUUGCUUCAACCAGAACCUUCGUCGGGCCAAACUAAUGCUCGUGAGGUGGUCGUCGACGGCGCCGAAAGUCUUGAGGAUGUGGUGGAAGUAGUCUCUCGCGAAGAUCAUGUUUGCCAGAUAAAGGGCUGCUACAACUUCCUCGACCCCAAGACGCCCUGGCUUAUGUGCGACGUGCACCGGCAGAUAGACCAGGGAGUACGCCAACAACACCUACAACCUCCCUCCAGCGGUGCUGGACCUUCAGGUUCAACCCUUACGCCCCCCAGUCCAGCCAAGCUGAGUUCUGAGCAUGUGGAGGUAGAUCCUGCCGCCUCAGCUACGAUGCAGCAUACAUUGUAUGAGCAUGAGCACUCUGCAAGCCUUGCUACCUCUACAGCUGGUUCCUCAAGCGCACUUCCUCCACCAUCUUCCGUCCCAGACGAGCAGACGACUUCCUACAAAGAUCCCAGCGCCUCUACCGCUCAGCCUCAGUCCCGAGAGGCUACACCAGAUGAGACAUCUUCUGACCCGGCGGCGUCAAAGGACGUUCAUCUGCACCCCAAACUUCGCGUUCCGUACUUCUUCCACCCGGCGUAUGUCUCGUACCCCGGUCAUCCGCCCAUGCUCAUGUCCAUACCAUCACCGUUCGCACCGCCUGGGCCAGGCGGUCUUCCACCCAACCAAUUCGGACCGAGCCAAUUUGUUCAAUCGGGUAGCCCCUUCGUGCAAGGCGGUCCAUAUGCGUAUCCCUACAUGAUGCCCAUACCACCACCCACACAACCAAGUCCGUUCACGAACCCGAGUAGCGCGCCUAGUCCUUUCGCGUCGGCACCAUAUCCCAUGGCGCCUGGGUGGUAUGGUCCCCCACCCCCACCUUCCGAGCACCAGGAAGUUCCUGAAUCAGGGCCGCACUCUACUGCUGCUGUAGCACAAAACGCGAUAGCGGCUUCGCCAUCCGCAACAAGUCAACAUCCGCCCCCGGCAUCGCGGCCCGAAUCUUCGUUCAUGUCUACCAUGCCUCCCGCGUCACGUCCGCUGACAUUCAAGCAUGCUCCUGGCUCAUCGGUGUUCAAUGCACCUCCUACACAUCCUGAGCCUGGUUCGUCAGAGCGUCCGGCGCCUCCAUCUCCUACGGUCCCUGCGCCUGGACCCCUUCCUCCAUCUUCUUCGGCCUCUACACCUGCUGUCUCUAAUCGGCCACUCGAAGGCCAACAACAACCACACCAAGAUUCAUCGCGUUCACCUUCUACCCCUCCUCCUCCGUCAUCUGUACCAGCCUUUUAUAAUCCAGCCGUCGGCACCGCAGCGCUAGCGUCUGCGGAUAACACACUUGCUACUAUUCGACGUGGAAGCGAUCCAGCCUUCGCGCCGCCACCACGUCCUGGUGUGCGGCGCAGAAGUGCGGCCUUGGUUGGCAUGGCCGGGGACCUGGAAAUUGUUAUGUAUGACCCUAAAGCAUCUAAUCGGAAACGCAGGAGGCUCGAGGACGGAGACACAAGUCCGGAACCUACUCUGAGCUCGUCGAGUAUGACACCUGGACUGUCAAAUGAGACGCCUAUCUCUCUAGAUGAGGUGCUUGGGUUGUCUGCGGCAGGCAAACCACAUGGUUCAUCAAGCGCAACAUCUGCUCCUACGGGUCCUCAGACUGUUUCGUCGAGCACAGCAUUUAUUGCAACGUCCGCCGCAAAUGAAGCAGUCGAUGCCCCAAGUUCAACGAUCAUAACGCCGUCCCGCACGUCUGCUUCGCCCGCGCUCCCUGCAGCUGUCGGCGUUCCACCCUCUGAGAAUUUCGCAUCCCCCGACACGUCGCAACCCUCUGACACGCCAAAUAAUCACUCUCAGUCAACGCAGGCUACCCCUAUCGCCGUUCCACACAAGGCGGUGGCGACUCCAGUUGCAAGUCCAACAAGAGUCUGCGCCGGCGCACGCUGUCGACGUAAAGUGCGAGUUGGGGCACUCUGUGAACGCUGCGUGGGCAAGGCGAAGCAUGCGAAGCAGCUCUUGCGCGCGAGACACCGACUGGAGCCAGUAAAGAUUGGGAAGAAGAUCUCAAUACGGUAG